CCAUUAGUAAAUUAACCACCAAAAACUGCAGGUGCUAUGAGAUGGACGAAACUCCAAAGAGCAAGUGCAAAGCCUGCUGGGUUGCCCACAUUAUAUGUCGCUGUCCUGUGCCAAUGGGACUGUACAACCAUCUCGUGGGUUAUCUUCCAACUGAACUUAAGAGUAAAAUGGCAGGGCGACCACCCACUUCUGAUGAAGUCUCAGAGAAGGAGAGAGGAGGCCUGGGGCUGGAAAUCUACAAAGACAAUGACUGGGUUGAUGUCACAGACAAGGAGGAGGUUGAGUCUCUCUUGCGGACAGAAGAAGGAAAUGAAACGGAUGAGACGAAUGAGCCAGAGAUGGAUGUUGAGAUUGAGAUAGAAGAUAUGGUAGAUGAUUCCGGGAUACCGGAAGAGAGUUCUCCCCCUAAACCCCCUAAUGGCAAAAACAACCGUCAACGGCAGAAAAGGGGGAAGAAAAGUGAGAAAUCCGAAAGUGACCCAGACGACAGACUCACUGGAGAUGAACCAAAAGGUGGAGAAAUGAUAAUGGCAAGUCUCAUAGAGGGUCUCCAAGAAAAUAACCAGUUUAAAUUCAUGGAAAACUUCAACCCUAAAACUAGUGAACGAGUUAGGCGUAAGAAGAAGAAGGUUCAGUACUUCAGCAGCUCAGGACGCAAUAAAAAUCAGAUGCAGCAGGCCUAUCAUGGACCAGAUGGCCGCAUACUGAGCUCCGGGAAAGACUUGUGUGACUGCCUUCAACCUAGCUGCCCAGGUUGUCAUUAUCCAUGUUCCAAGUGCAACUCAGGCAAAUGUGGGAGUGAGUGCAGAAUCAAUAGGAAAUGGUUUUACGAAAAGGUUGAAGUAGAAGGAACUCAAAUCUCAUGGAUGAAUGAAUAUAUUAAGAAGAAUUGAUUUUUGUAAAUUGAUCAAAGUUAUUUGAUUAAUUAAUUUAAUUUCCCUUUAUUUUUUUAUAUCUAGUAUAUUUGUCAAACAUGUUUCUGAUGAGGUAACAGUCAUUUUGUGAUAUCAAAAUCUAUCUUCUUGAGAAACUCAUUUGUAUAGUCAGUUUUGCAAUUUUUUGUAUCAGUAAAAAUGUAAUAAUAUAAUAAUAAUUUGUAUAGUCAAUGAAUAUUUGAAUUGUUCAAGGCUUCACCUUUUUUCCCAAUAUAUAAAUAGUAUGGAUGUUAUAUAUGUGUAAAAUAAAUGGAGCUUAUUGUUUAUGCAAAAGGUAAGAAUGAUCACUUUUUCUGUGCUGAAAAAUAAUAAAAUGAUUGUUAUGUA